AUGUCAGCUCUACUGGAGCCAAUUAUCAUCGGCGGCAAGCUAUCCCUUCGUAACCGCGUUGUCAUGGGCUCUAUGACCCGAAAUCGCUGCAUCGACGAUGGCAAGCCGGGCCCAGCGCAAGUCCAGCACUAUGUCGACAGAGCGAGGGACGGAACUGGUCUGAUCGUCAACGAGGGUACGUUUGUCGACUGGACCGGCUGUGACUGGAAAUUUUCUCCCUUCAUGAUCACAUCUGAUCACUCGAAGGCUUGGCGAGUGGUUACCGAUGCCGUUCACGAGGUGGGAGGCAAGAUCUUCUUCCAGGCAUGGCAUACAGGGCGCCGCCAGCAUGAUGAGAUGCCGAUCAUGAAGAAGCAUGGUGGUGUUGUCCUGGCACCUUCUGCAGUCCCGGCGAUGGACGGAAAGUAUCGCGACUUACCUGGGCAGCCAGGUCACACUCACAAUGUCGUGGCAAUCGACAAUCCCAAAGACGUUAUUGACACUUACAGACGCUCAUUUGAGCUGGCGAGACAAGCUAAUUUUGACGGCGUCGAGUUAUUAGCUCAGGGCGGGUAUUUGCCCCAUCAAUUCCUCAAUAGAAUCAGUCGCGCCAACAAGAGAACCGACAACUAUGGUGGCUCGGUCACUAAUAGAUGCCGUUUCUUGAUCGAACUUACCGAGGCCGCUGCCGAGGUCUUCGGCGGCCCGGAGUACGUGUGUGUCAAGAUUAACCCCACAGACACUAUCAACGACUCGUUCGUUACGUUUGAAGAAAUGAAGGAGACGUACAAUCACCUGAUCAAGGAACUUGUCAAUCACAGAGUCGGGAUCAUCAACAUAUCUCGCAGGGGGACUGACGUUACCAUCGGCACUGGCGACUUCUUUGUUGCCAGCAAACGACCAAAAGGUUAUCCUUUGCCCGAGGGAUAUGAUCCCGUGCUCGACUUUGGGAAGCUUGUAAAGUUCGCCGGUAGCCCUUCGAUGCUGAUGGCCAAUCACGAUUACACCGUUGAGGAGGCUGAUCGUCUCGUGAGGGAGCAGAAAUUGGACAUGGUCACGUUCGGUCGACCAUUCAUCUAUAAUCCCGACGUGAUUAACAGAAUCAUGCAUGGUGUUCCAUUUGCUGGAAACGAUCGAGGAAGCACGGUUCAUUACGGUCCCUAUCAGACGGUGGAUGAGAACUACAACGACUGGCCUGCUGCUACCAUCUAA